AGGAGCCGCCUCGGAGGUGCUGGGUCUCCUGUGGCAAACCCGGGACGUCCCGGCGCGGGGAGGCCUCUUGCCGUUGUGCCGUCUCCGGUGGAAGCUCCGUGCGCUGUGCCCGGCAGCAUGGGCCGGAGCCGGAGCUCUGCAUGGCUGGCGUCUCUGUCCCCAGGCUCCGUGACUCUCCACCAGUGGCAGCAGCUGGCCAAGCCCAACCUGGGUGGGAUCCUGGUCCCCCGGCCCGGUGUGCUCACCAAAGACUUCCGGCAGCUGGACGUGGACCUGGAGGAGGUCUACAACCUCAACGACCUCGAGGAGGACGACGUGGACUCAGGCGCCUUCCGGGCCCUCGUUACCUCCACGCCUUCCAAAGCCAAGGACUGCUCCAGUGUCUUUAUAAUACAGUCGUGCCCUCUUGUGGGCCCUUUGAAAGGCUGAGCGCCGCGCCCCCCCUUCGCCAGGCGCCGGAGGCAGGCCCCGGGGCGCCUCUCGGACUCGUCCCGCUGCUG